CAUUGAGAAAAAUUCAACAUGGCGUCCAACGGUGCACCGGGCGCUGAACCUGGCCCUUCCAAUUUAGGGAGUGCUAUCGCGGCUUUAAACUCAUGGAGCAACCCAGAGCUUCAGGCCAAGCUGGCGGAGAUGGGAGCACCAAACAUGGGUCCCAGAGAUGAGCUCAUAGACAGACUGAAGGGCUACAUGAUGCAGACUGGAAUUAUCCUCACCAAAUCAAUUGAGGACAAAUCAAUGAGCUCUCAGAUUCCAGGUAUGCCCCCUAUACCUCGAAUGCCCAUGCCACCCAUGCCCCCUGGCAUCAGUAUGCUCCAGCCUAUGGGCAUGAUGCCCCCUGGAGCCCCCCCUCCACCUGGUUUAUCCUUGGGCAUGGAGCGCGCGCCUCUGCCCCCUCCCGGCCUGUCGCAGGUCGAAGAUCAUCUGAAGAUGGCUCAGCAGAGAGCAGCCAUGGUGCUGCAGCAGGAGGGAGAUGAAAAAGAUCUUCUGGAGCAACAGAAAAGGGCUGCGGUGCUGAUGGAGCAGGAGCGGCAGCAGGAGAUGGCCAAGAUCUCUGCCAGAUCUAUGCCCACUGUCACCGAAAUAAGAGUCUCAGCCUUGGAUCCUCGCGGGCCGCUUCCUCCCGGCAUCACUUUGUUGCCGCCCCACAAACUGAGGGCGCCGCCUCCACCAGGAGAGGACAACAAGGAGCUCUGGCAGAAUGAGGAAAUGGGCAUCAGCGGUCCCAAGAUCCCCCAGGCCCUGGAGAAGAUCCUGCAGCUGAAGGAGAUCCGACAGGAGCAGCUCACAGACGCUGCAGAAUAUGAUGAUGACGAGGGAGCAGAGAUGGAUGAGAACAAUGCCUCUGGACUGCUCAUGUCUGAGAAUGAGGACGACGGGCAGUUAUCGAAGAAAGAUAAAAACCGCCGACGCAGGAACCGCAAGAAGAAAAGCAAGAAGAAGCGAGCGCAGGAGAAGAAGGAGCAGGCUGAGCAGCAGCAGCAGCAACAACAACAGCAGCCGAAGAAGAAGAAGGAUGCCAGUGACAAGGAGAAGGACAAAGAUAAAGACAAAGAUAAAGACAAAGAUAAAGAUAAAGACAAAGGGAAGGAGCCUGAUGUGGAGAUCGAAUACGUCACAGAAGAACCAGAGAUUUACGACCCCAACUUCAUCUUUUUCAAGAGGAUUUUUGAGGCUUUUAAGCUGACUGAUGAUGUGAAGAAAGAGAAGGACAAGGAGCCAGAGAAGGCUGAGAAACAGGAGAUGCUGGGAGUUCUGCGGAAAAAAGGAUUUGAAUUGGAGCGAAAAGACAGCGAUGACAGCGAUGACGAAAUCAAACAAGAUGUACCUAAACUGUCCAAGAAGAAGCUGAGGAGGAUGAACAGGCUCACUGUGGCUGAACUCAAGCAGCUCGUGGCUCGUCCAGAUGUAGUGGAGAUGCACGAUGUGACGGCUCAGGAGCCCAAGCUGCUGGUCCACCUAAAGGCCACCAGAAACACCGUGCCGGUACCGCGCCACUGGUGCUUCAAACGGAAGUACCUGCAGGGCAAGAGAGGUAUCGAGAAACCUCCAUUUGAGCUGCCAGAGUUCAUCAGGAGGACGGGAAUCCAGGAGAUGAGGGAGGCGCUGCAGGAGAAGGAAGACGCCAAAACAAUGAAAACCAAAAUGAGAGAGAAGGUUCGCCCCAAGAUGGGGAAGAUCGACAUCGACUACCAGAAGCUCCACGACGCUUUCUUCAAAUGGCAGAUCAAACCUAAACUCACCAUCCACGGAGACCUUUACUACGAGGGUAAAGAGUUUGAAACCCGUCUGAAAGAGAAGAAGCCAGGAGAUCUCUCUGAUGAGCUGCGAAUCGCUCUGGGGAUGCCAGUGGGACCAAACGCCCACAAGGUGCCCCCUCCCUGGUUGAUAGCCAUGCAGAGGUACGGCCCCCCUCCCUCCUAUCCCAACCUCAAGAUCCCUGGACUGAACUCCCCCAUCCCAGAGAACUGUACGUUUGGUUACCACGCCGGAGGCUGGGGGAAGCCGCCUGUCGAUGAGAUGGGCAAACCGCUUUACGGUGACGUGUUUGGAACAAAUGCAACCGACUUCCAGUCCAAAGCAGAGGAGGAGGAGGUGGACCACACUCCGUGGGGUGAGCUGGAGCCUUCAGAUGAAGAAUCCUCAGAGGAAGAGGAGGAGGAGGAGAGCGACGAAGAGAAGCCAGAUGAAACUGGAUUCUUCACACCAGCAGACAGUGGUCUUAUCACCCCCGGAGGCUACUCGACGGUGCCGACCGGCAUGGAGACGCCAGAGAUCGAGCUCAGGAAGAAGAAGAUCGAGGAGGCCAUGGAUGGGAACGAAACGCCACAACUUUUCACUGUACUGCCAGAGAGACGAGCUGGCACCAUAGGAGGGGCCAUGAUGGGCUCGACCCACAUCUACGACGUGUCGGGGGCAAUGGUAAGUCGUAAGACCGGUGGGGGGCAGGAGUCCCAGGGAGUGGAGGUGGCCCUGGCCCCCGAGGAGCUGGAGCUUGAUCCGAUGGCCAUGACGCAGAAGUACGAGGAGCACGUCAGAGAGCAGCAGGCCCAGGUGGAGAAGGAGGACUUCAGUGACAUGGUGGCCGAGCACGCUGCCAAACAGAAGCAAAAGAAGAGGAAGGCCCAGCCACAGGACACACGAGGCAGCGCCAAGAAAUACAAAGAGUUCAAGUUCUAGUGAAAUACAGAGGUGCAGCGCUGCGACGGAGCCGGUCCAGGAAGUGAAGGAGAACGAGACGUGCUCAGGUUUCUGCUUCAGGACGCAGUCUUCAACACCCGUCACCUGUUAGCUCAGUAAACAGUGAAUACAGGCUCUUUGUCUUGGUAUAUAUUUCAACAAUGUCGGCAGGCUGGAUCUAUGUAAAUGGUGUCAUAUGAUGAGAAUGGCAUUUCCUCUGUUUAACUCGUACUUUUAAGGUCUUUGCUAUUUUUU